AUGCCCAAGGAAGCCAAGCCCAGAAAGGAGCCGCAGAACUCCCAUGAUGACCCGCGUCGCGCCUCCCGCACUCGCGAGCCCCGCGCGGCCAAAGAAGCCGCGCGGGAUGCGUCCCACGCGUCCCACGCGUCGCGCGGAGCCGGGGAGUCGGGCGGCAGAGGCUUCAGGCGAUGGACCUCCUUUGUGAUUUGUUUGCUGGGCAUUCAGGCCCUGGCCGUUCUCUCCCUCUGGCGCAGCGGCGACCGCCUGCCUUCCGAAACAAACCGCGCGCCGAAGGGUUCGCCGAACGAGCCGGCGCCAGAGGCGGCGCGGAGCAACGGCCAGGUCUUUCUUGGGACUGCGCCGCCUGCAGCGCCGCCCGCCCAAAAAAAGGCACCGCUGGGGCCGGAAUUUACGGGGCCUGCAGCUGAAGAAGGUGACAUUGCGGUGCUCUUGAUCGCCAGUGGUCGCUCUGUGAGCAGCCUGCAGCAGACCCUAAGGCCCAAAGAAUCCACCAACGUGAAGCUUCGUGUCAAGGUCAACAGUCCAAAGUUGCUAGAGGAUACCUACAAGUCAACUAGAUUCAGUCUAAGCGAGGCCUCGCGCGAAGCGGCCGCAGAGCUGGGCGUUGCCUGGGUGGGCCCUUCGCCCAUGGCGGACUUCGCCACCUUCGAUGGCGAGGCGGAGCCAUGGCUCCAUUACGGGAGGUCUUUGGAACAUGCGGCCACGAAACACUUCGCCGGACAGAGCUUUCGUUCGCUCUUCGUGGCGGAGGAAGACUUGAUCUUCUCCAGUGGACUCUUUUCCUUUCUGGCGCAGCUACAUCCCUUGCUCUUCGAGGACGAUAGCCUCUGGUGCAUCAGCGCCUGGAACGACUACAGCCUGGCUCCCUUCGCCUCGGACGUCAGCAGCGUGCUGCGCAGCAGCUGGUUCUCCGGUCGCGCCUGGAUGGUGACCCUGCGACGGAUACGCGAGGAGCUGUUACCCAACUGGUCCUUGCAGCAACGCUGGCGACCUUUGCUGAGACAAUGGGCCAUGGCCGCCUCCAAGGAGUGUUUGCUGCCGGAGGUCUCUAGGGUUGCCUUCACCAACUAUCAAUGUGAAGGUGUGGGCAUUCGUGGGCAGUGCGACGAAGAAGAGGUGGACGCUCGGCACCGUGCGGUGUCGGCGAUUUUCGCCCCGCGGAAGCUGGGGCAGCUGGGCGAAGUGGGGCGUUUGAAGAAGGAGAAGUUUGUGACCUUGCUUGGGAGUUCCUGGCCGCGAAACGGUGGCUUGCGUUCAGCUGUUGCCGUGACGUCCGUGCACCAGCUCUAUGAAGAUACCGCCACUCCGCUACUGCUGCUGAUCGAGGAUCAGGAGCCUGGCGCGUGGUCUUUCAUUUUGGCUCCGACUUUCUCCAUCAGCUCCGCAAGAUCGAUAGACAGCCAAGAAGAGCUAAGCCCCUCGGCUGGCGGCUCCGUACGCGUCACCGGGGAAGUGAAGGAGGUUCAAAACGGUCAACGCCUUAUUCUCCACGACCGCGGAAGCACCUUACAGGUAGAUGCAUCAUCUCUGAUACGUCCAGUGAAUGGUGUCCUGCCAGGUGUCCAUGUGCAAGCAGUCGGUGAAUUGGAGGGACCUCAGUUGAAAGCGCGGAUCUUGCGAGUCCUGCACAAUAUGGAUAUGGCUCUCUACGAGGAAUGUCUUUUGCUGCGAAGACGCGUGGAAGCACAGUACAUUGACAUCCCAGCGCCAAGUUGAGGAGAGAGUGAUCGUUGUCCAAAGGUACGUGACAGGGGACCAAAGGUGUCCCGCAACAGGCUGCCCAAGAUGGGUGUGCCCGAGAAAACACGAGAUUUCACAGGGAAGUUGAGGGACCAAGUUGAUUGCGAAA